AUGACUCAUUACAAUACCAAGAAGCAAGCUGUUUUGGAAAGACUUUCUGAGUUUAAAUCAAAAAUAUUCUACUUGAGUGAUAUUUCUAAAACAGUGAAUCUGCUUAACUUAGAGCUGCAAGUUCCUACAUCAGAAUGCAUUGCUGCAUACAUUACCCAUCUUGAAGGUCUUCAUGUAGACUUUGAGAGAAGAUACAAUGAUUUAUUAAAGAUGGAUUAUCCACUCUGGUUUGUAGACCAACAAAAUCAUGAGCCAGGAGAUGAAAAUUUUGAGUUGGCUGAAAUGUUGUUGGAUUUGAAAGAGAAUAUGAAACUGAGAAGAAGAGUUGCAAAAGAAGGUGUCUUUGCCUACAUAUCGAUAAAGGAAUCAUACCCAAAUAUUUUUCGACAUGUAGAAGCAAGCAUCAUCUCUUUCCCUACCACAUGGAUGGUGGAAUCUGCAUUUUCAGCUGUAGUAGAUAAUUUAAGUAAAAAAAGAAAUAAAUUAGAUGUCAACAGCAGAGGAACUAUCAGACUCAGAUUAAAUGAGUUCAUUAAAAUUGAUUAUGAUAUCUUGUGUCAUAAACACCAAUAUCAAGCUCGUCACUAA